UGAUUGUCACUUUGAAUUCAAAAUAUGACAAAAGAAACGGGCGCGAUUUCAAGGAAUUGUUGAGAUCGCUCAUUAAUUAGUAAAAACUAAAUUUGGAAAAAUGGGUAUUCCGACCGACACAUGAUUAUUUACACACUUCAAACGAAGUGGACUGGAUAGUAUAUGAAACUAAAAUGUACUUGUAAUGACGAAUUUAAACAAACGUGUUUGCUAAAUGUAAGAAGUAGUCUUAAAUAAAUAAACUUAACUAAAACGCAAUGAAGGACAAAUAGAUUUAAGAAAAACUGGAGAGAAGAUAUAGAUCUAGCUUAAAUAAAAAAGUUAGUUAUGGAAUUACAAAGACAAGUGUCAACUUCGUCUAGUAACGGAGGUGAUGCAGAUGAACAAAUGGAACUUACACUAAAUAACAUAACUAAGCUUCAAGGUGUGUUUGAAGCGUAUGAGUUCGCGGAUUAUAAUGACAUUCCUAUAGAAAAUAUUGAGACAUUAGAAGAACUCAAAGAAAGGUUUAUAAUGCAUCUUAAGAAAAGUAAAGGAAGGAACAGAAAAUUAAAGAUCGAAAAGAACAUGCUGCUUGCCGGUAAAGAUGACGCGAAUAGGAGAAAGAAAUUAACGUCUGUUAUGACAGACAUGAUGUCCAUUAUUCAUAAACAAGGACCAAAUAUGGUACCAAGAAGGGACAGCCAGUUAGUAGAAGGUUUACUCAGAACAGAGGGGACAAGCGACAAUCUAGCUGACGACUGUAGAGCGUACAUUGACGAUCUGGAAACUGGAGAAUGCGUUAUGAUUGUUGCAGGAGAAACAUCAGCUGGAAAAUCUAGUGUUCUCAACUUACUAUUUGAAGAUGACAUUCUUCCUGUGUUCAAUAAUAGUUCCACGUCAACAAUAACCAUCAUACGCUAUCAUAGACGGAAACAUGCACGUAUACUGUACAAAUCGGACAAACCUGAUACAGAGUUUGAUCUGGACGAAGAAGGUCUUAAAAAGCUCCAUGCAAUCGCCUUUAUGAAAUCCGCCAGCGAGCGGGAAAAUCACAAUAUUAAAGAAGUUCAAGUGUAUUUACCUCUGCCUUUGUUGCAGUCUGGUCUGGUAUUUGUGGAUACUCCAGGAAUUGGCGAGAAUGAGUUUUUGGAAUUAGAGUUAACCAACUUUAUAAAAAACAACACUAUCCUUGGCUUUAUGUACAUCAUAAAAACGGACAAUGCAGGCGGAGUACAAGAAGAUAGGUUACUUGGAUUGUUGAAGAUAGUUUUAGAGAUGCAAAGAUCAGACGAAAGCUCCAAACACCGACAUAUAAAGUUUGAUCCUAAAUCUGCACUUUUUGUAUGUAAUCGAGUUGACCUUGUUGAGAAAACAGAACUUGACAAAGUGAAAGCAAAUGCAAUAGAUAAGCUGUCCAAAUGCUGGCCGAACUUUGACGAAUCCCAGGUUGUCUUUUUCUCCACAGAGAAAGCAUUACGAGAUGUCAACGCUGACAAUGACUAUAUCAAUGACAAUUACAAACAGUUUUUAGACAAUCUGAAAAAUCUCUUCAUUUCUUCACUAGAAAGGAGAAUAAAGCAGUCGUUCAAAUGGAUUGAAAAUGUUCUUAAACGUACAAUUCAUCAUCUGAAGACAGUAGUUAGACGUCUCGAUCUUUCAGAUAUGGAUCUGAAAGAUAAAUCUGAAAUAGCAAGAGAAAAACUGGCAAAAUUGCGGUGUAAAUCAGAAUCAGUUCUUGAAGAACUGAAGGCAAAACUUGAUGUUCAAUCUAAAGAGAUGUGCAGCGAAUUGAGAGAAUACCUGCUUUCUGAACAAUGUAAGAAUAAGCUGACACGCGAGUGGUCGGCUGGACAAUUGCCAACUGUUGACGCUGGAUUAGGAGACUGGCAAUGGAUUCGAAUGAGAAUACACGAAGCUUUCUAUGACAGGAUUAUAGAAUGUGUUGAAGAUUGGAACGAAGAUGAAAGAAAAAUCGAAUCUUUGGAAGAAGAGCUUUCCUUUGGAAUGAAGAUAGAACUGCAACUCCUAGAGGAAGAUCUUGCAGAAAUCGAAAAGCAAAUUCACUGUGACUCGUCGUCGGCUUCUUCCGAUGACUUGUCUAACUUAUCGAAAAACAGAAUGAGUAGACGAAGAACUUUGCCAAGAAUUUCACAAAUUAGGACAAAAUAUCUUCUCUCUGAACCUAAAAUGCCUCUCAAGUUGGCGGGGAGAAUUAUAAAACCAUUCCAAAUGUUAAUGAGUCCGAUAAAGAAUAAAAUGAAAGUAAAUGAAUACAAAGAUGAUCCCGUGAAAAUGGCAAAAAAGACUGCAAAGGAUAUGUACGACCAGCUUCUAAAUGAUUCUAAUCAAUCUACUUCUGGUCUGACUCAUCUAGCUGAAUACUUGCUUGAAAGACCACGAGAAUACAUAGAAGCGGUUGAACGACAGGUGCCAGCCAUGAUUCUAGCCAAUCAACUGCUUGUUAAUCGGCUUGAAGAAUCUAUCGAGACAGAAAGGUUACACCAGGCGGAAUAUGAAGAAAUGAUGACGUCAACAGAGGCACUUAAAAGGGCUUUAAUGGAAUACGGGGAAGGCUAUAUAUUUGUAGCUGAUUUUAGUCGCGGGGAGUUACAAAUCCAACAAAUGCCAUCUGAGGGUGGUGAAGCGGUAUCAGUAGCGUUUAAUGUAACUGACUUUCUUCGUGGGAGCUCAGGAGAUUUGGACGUUUGUAGAAGAAGGGACAUUCGAGGAUUGUGGACCGUGACUUAUUCAGGCAGCCUUUUCAGAAAUAGCCUGGAGAGACCAGUUGCGAUCAAAGUUUAUCUGCCUUCUUCAGGAGUAGAAUUUACUUAUGCAGAAGUAGCUAAACUAAGGUGUCUCACAAGGCGAGGGGCAAACAUAGCAGAAUUUUUAGGUAUUCAUAAUGCCGAAACUAUAACGCCUGCAUUUGUUUACGAGGGGGAUUUAAAAUCAGUUAGACGGUCCCUUAGUGCAUUCUGCAAUAAACGGGAAAGUGUUCCCGAAAUUUUAAUUGAGACGGCGUGCGGCUUGGAAUAUCUUCAUACAAAAGGACUCGUCCAUAUGGAACUCAGUCAAGACACUGUGACGAUGGAUGAAGCUGGCAAUGUUCAACUUACAGGCGCUUGUUUACCUAGAUUCGCCAAGCUUCCAUUUGACACAGAACGAAUUGAUACUGGAGAUUUCGUGUACUUGGCACCGGAAGUUUUACGUGGAGAUAAAUACGAAGUAUUUGCAGACGUUUACUCUUUUGGAUUAUUUAUAUUAGAAUUAGCUCAAGUAGAAAUGCCCGUAGUAUUCAGAGAACAGAGAAAAAUGACUCUUUGUGAUUUUAUCAGAACAGUUGAUCCUGAAAAAAUGCUCAAUUUAGAAGAGGUAGUGGAAGUGUUCACCAAUAAUACACGAGCACUCAUUCUGAACUGUCUUGAAAUUGACAAAGACAAUCGCCCGCUUAUGAGCGAAGUUAUAGAAUACACAUCAUUCAUCAAAAAUGAGAAGGACGCUCUAGCCAAACUACCUACUCGCAGAUCAAGAGCGAGGCCAAUCAAACGGCCGUCACUAGACAAGGCAAAGGAAUUAAAAGGAAAAUAUGAAUCAUCUACUUAUCUGUGACACUACAGACUACGUAUGAUAAUCAAAUUUGACAUGUUUGUUCUGCAUUUGCAGAGUUAUAGCGUUUGCGAGAAAGUAUCUUAUGUGCCAAAGUUCAUUAUAUAACACCUUAACAUAUUUCAUAUUUAUGUUUUACUUUUUACUUCAAGAAAUUCUUUUGAAGUAUAUGUAAUUAUUUAUGUUCUCUUAUUGGGAACUGCAAAUGCUUAGUACUGAAAUAAUUAUAGAUAUGUUUACCUUAUUAAGGACACUACAACGAUACAAUAUUCUAUACAUGGGAUACUUGGCUUCGUAGAUAUAAGAAGGUAUUACUAGUAUCCUAUAUUUAAUUAAGAAAUUCCUAAACAUUACAGAAUAAGAGAAUUUUGUUAUUUCAGUAUAAAGUAUGUUAUUUCAUUAUCAUAGCUUUGUAUGAAGUAUCUAACAUAUUUUCUAUUUCUAUCUACAUUAUCAUUUACUCAAGAUACAACAAUAUAACUACAUUUAGUAAACCGAUACUUCUAUGUUCUCAAAUGUUCUCCAUGUUCUUGAAACUGAUAACAAAUUAGAACUGAUAUAUUGACAUAUUUACAGAUUAAUUAUUCACAUGUUAUCAAAUCACUUGUUAAGACAUAAUUUGUUUAUUAAUAAAAUAUUCAAGCCUCA